UCGCAGAACGGGCUUCUGUGCAGAACUGUGCAAAUAUGUGCAGAACUGCGGAAAUCUGUGGCAGAAGAAUGCACUCACAAUAUCAUUAAUCUCACUGUUUUGUUACCACCCACUUGAACCGGAACCUUUUUCAAUCGAAAUACUUGGGGCUGCGCUGCCUGUGUUUGCUAUGUGCACUGACAGGAGCUGCGACGCUUGCAACGUUUCGUUAAUUUACUCCGCUUGUCAUAACCAGAUUCAUAGGCUUCAGAAAUGACGAGGGUACAAUAGCAGAUCAUAGUGUCUUAGUUAUAUAUGGGUACAAUCGCAAAAACUCCUGCGUGGGAUGCGCACAUUUCACAAUUUGACUAAGGUUUUUGGGAGAGGGUUGAAAAAGGAGAGAGGGGAGAAACUUAUCUUGAUUUUUUCUCCAAUUCGCAAAUGGCUUUCCACGGCUGCUGCUGCGAACUAGGACCGAACGAGGGUGCAUAACAGAUCGGAUACUUCAUUGAUGUGUUGCAGUUCCACACUCGCCGCCCUAGUCUUGCCGUUAACCAGAGAUUUGUCUAUCUUUCCCUUGCAAUACCCAGCACUAAUAAUAAUAAGGAAUAUACAAAUAAAGUGAAAGAUGGGGAACACGACAUCUUGCUGCGUAUCAUCCAGCCCCAAGCUGCGGAGAAAUACACACUCGAGGCUGGAGUCCUAUCGUCCAGAACCCGAGCUAAGCAGGGAAGAUACUGGCUGUAACCUGCAACACAUCAGCGACAGGGAGAACCUAGACGAUGUGAAUAUGGAACAUAACCCCUCAGACCAUCCGCGAGCCAGCACGAUAUUCCUCAGCAAGUCACAGACUGAUGGGAGAAGGUAUUGUGGAAGUGAUACCUCUACUCAUGUUUUACAUCCUUUUGCUGUGCCCUACAAAAAAGUGAGAGAAAAACGGAAGAGCCUUUACAUAAAUCAUCAUCCACCAGGGCAAAUAAGAAGAAAAUACAGUUCCUGUUCCACUAUUUUCUUAGAUGAUAGCACCGUCAGUCAACCAAACCUCAAAUAUACUAUUAAAUGUGUAGCUCUUGCAAUAUAUUACCACAUCAAAAACAGAGAUGCCAAUGGAAGAAUGCUGUUGGACAUUUUCAAUGAGAAACUUCAUCCGCUUUCGAAAUCUGAACUGCCAUCAGACUAUGAGAAGCACGACCCGGAACAGAAGCAGAUCUACCGGUUUGUGCGAACUCUGUUCAGUGCUGCCCAGCUGACUGCAGAAUGUGCCAUUGUUACAUUGGUAUAUCUUGAAAGGCUCUUAACAUACGCAGAGAUUGAUAUCUGCCCUGCAAACUGGAAGCGAAUUGUCUUAGGUGCCAUCUUGCUGGCUUCAAAGGUGUGGGACGACCAAGCGGUUUGGAAUGUGGAUUACUGCCAGAUCCUGAAAGAUAUCACAGUGGAAGACAUGAAUGAGCUUGAGCGCCAGUUUCUUGAGUUGUUGCAGUUCAACAUUAACGUCCCUUCAAGUGUUUAUGCAAAGUAUUAUUUUGACUUGCGGUCCAUGGCAGAGGCCAAUAACUUAAGCUAUCCCUUGGAGCCUCUAAGCAGGGACAAAGCACAAAAACUUGAGGCUAUCUCCUGGCUGUGUGAUGACAAGUACAAGGACCUGAGGAAAUCUGCAAAGAAGCGCUCCGCCAGUGUGGACAAUCUGAGUGUGGUUAGGUGGUCCCCUGCCAUCAUAUCCUAGCGGUUCUUUAUUGUCCAUCCAGUUUUUACCUGGGAGGAAACGAGAGACCUUAUCAACUCGGCUAGAUGCCUUUACAGUGCCUCCAUCUUGUGCAGCACAGAGGGAACAGAUUUUAGAUUUUUUUUUUUUUUAAAGAAUAAAAUGACCUGAACUGCUUGAAAAUCAUCCUUCGACUAUGAAGAGCAAAUGCAGCUGAGAUUGUUGGGAAUAAAAGAAAAAAAAAAACAUUGAAGGUAAAAUACUGAGGAGAAUGGAAAACAACUGUGCCAUUAUACAUAAACAUACCUUCCUACAUGCUGCAAUGAGACUCACUGGGGCCAGCAGAGAGGGGACCGUGUGUUACACUUCAUUUAUUCCAAUGUGUACGUUUGUGUUCGGAUUGCAUUCCUGCUGUAUUUUGCAGAAAGUCCUUUCUCAUGCACAAGCAGGUAACAGGUAACAUCAUUUUGUAGAGGUUGCAUUCAUUUUGUGUCUCGUUAGGCAUUUCUAUCUUUCCCGGUUACACAGUCUUAUAUAUUGUACAUACAUAGAGCUGUUUUUGACCAGCGUUGUUUAAAUCUAAUUUAUCCGAAUGUAUUCCCAACUGUGGACCACAAACGAAAAAAAAAACCAAUCCCUUUUCUUACAUGUCAUUUUAUUAAAUUAGUUUAUGUUUCUCUGAUAUAGUCCAGUAUGUGUUUGAAAAUGUUCCCAAGAACUCCUCGAUGAACAGGCCAAAAAGUUUGUAUGUUUACCAUAAAAUAUUGGUGUUUAACAAAGUAUUUGUUUACUAAGACAUCUAUCUGCAAGUAAUAUAAAUGUGAUUUUAAAAAAAAAUUAAUUGGGUCCUUCAUGUAAUCGUUCAUGGGCUUGUACUUGUUGGUAAGGCCUCUGUAGAAUAACCAAGAAGUGGCAAAAUAGUUCCUAGACCCUUUAUAAAUCUUGUUUCCACGCUAACCCUUUGACUCGUGCUGUUAAAACCAAUGCCUUUUGUAACCUCUUAACUUUAUGUCCAUGAAAAUAUUUUUAGAUACUGAACUCUGCCGUGUUUGUGUUUGCAAGAAAAAAAAAAGUUACCCAUGAUGGCUCAAUGAAUAAUAUUAUAAAAAGCAUAGACAUGAAUUCAUUUGAUGGCUUAAAUGGAGAUGUUUCUAUUAAGAGGGAUUAAGGCUGUAUUUAUAUUUUUAUAUCCACAGCAUUAAAGAAAGUUUCGACAGUGUUUGGUUAAGCUUUGUCAAAAUUAGACAACUGAUUGAUAAAAGAAGUCCGAGGGACUUCAUAAAAAUACCAUUGAAUUGCUAAACUGUGGCACCUAUGGAAGUGAUUGUAAGUCGGGGCACACUAAAAACCUCUGCUUUUAAGUGGGGGUACAUUCUGAUUUGCAUGCGAAAAAACAAUGCAAUGAAACUUCCGAACAAAAGCAGUGACCAUCUAUUUUCACGUUCCACAUUUUCAAGGGCUUCCACAAAGUGCGUUUGUUUCAAUGAAGGGAUAUUUAAAAAGCCAGUCCAUUCAGGACACGGGAGAGAUGGAGAAGUAGUAGAUGUCGGGUCCUCAGGUUUUUGGUUUUGUCGGAUGGAUCCUUACUAUAUUAUAAUGAAUUAAAGGGUGCGUUUAUGUACUGUAAAUGCACAUAUAUGCUUAAUAGUUACAGGCGAUACUUAAAGCCGAUGUGUAAAUGUAACUUUACGCACUGCAACAGGUAGCAGUCAGCAGGCUUGGGGUGCACUUCUUGUUUAACAGUAGCUCAGUUGAAAAAUGAUUACUUGCUGUAGUUUUCUGUGGGCCUGAGUAACAGUAUGUGUCACGGAACCCAAGUUUAUAAAAAUGCAUAUGAGCAGGUCCCCCAACUGACUUGGGUUGUGUGGUGCUAACACAUGCACUUGUAUAACCCUCCUCAGAACCCACUACUGCAGAAGGGCUCCCUGUUUCAAUCAGAUGUUUGUAUGUGAGCAAUAAGAGGUUGUGCUAGUAGUUUUGGGUCUGAAGUGCCCUUACAAAACUCAGAAUGCAGCUUUUUUGAAAAUCACGCAGAUUUUUUGUUGUAGUUACAUUAAUGUGCAAUAGAAAUGUAAUUAUAAACACAUUCUCUAAACCUGUAGUUUGGGGGGCUCCUGAGUGGCGCAUCUGGUAAAGGCUCUCCAAGUGGAGCACAGGGUGUGCCCCAUGGCCUGGAGGUUGCCAGUUCAAAUCCAGGCCAACCAUAGACACAAGCUCCCAGGGGGCAGUGCACAAUUGGCCAAGUGCCAUCAGGGGGGAGGCUCAGCUCAUUGCACACAAGUGACACCUGUAGUCUAGCCAGGCACCUGCAGGCUUGCCUGUAAGCUGCCCAGAGCUGUGUUGUCCUCCGACACUGUAGCUCCAACUGGAUGCACAGUGAGUCUGCAUUGUGAAAAAAAGUGGUCAGUUGAUGGCUCACACUUUAGAGUCAAGUCAGCAUAGCAGUGAGCUGAGCCUAAAAAAUAUUUGGAUAUGGCAAAUUGGGAGAAAAUAAUAAAGUAAAACUAAUGGGAUGCAAUUUUAUUCAUAAUACAAGCCAGCCUUAAAACAACAGAGGGUGAAACCCAACUGCCCCAGUCUGGCCCAUUAGCUCUAUGUUUUGUCCUUGCUGCUCACAAGCUGUGAAUCACACAAGUGACACCCAUGCUAUGAGUGAAGAAGUGGCUUCUGAAUGAUUGUUACGCAGAUGUUUGAACUCAGUCAUUAAGUACAAGUGUACUUUGAAGUGUAAUAAAUUCUUUAAAGAUUGUAUAUCCUAUUUAUUGUAAGUAUGUGCAUACAGCCUGAUGUUUAUUUCAGAUCUAAAGUGAAUCCAGUCCAAUCAGGGUUAGCUUGAUUAUGUGUGUUUUAGACCUGUGCAUGGGACUCUACCUCCUGAAUAAAGAUUUUGUUUUAACAUUUUUAUUUUAGAAUCUAUGAAUUAGUUGGAACUGAAACAUUUGAUGUCAAAUUAUUAUUGGUUGUUUAUUGUGCUAACAAAACUAAAAACUGCUGUAAAUGUGAAUUCUAUAGUUCUGUUUGUUUUUUUUGUUUUUUUUUAGGUUAAAUCAUUUUGUGUCAUGCUGGUGUUCAUGUCCCUCCUUUAUGAAAAUGCAUUGCUUAGCCUUCGUUCUAAGUUUGCCAAAUACACAGCAGUAUCUAUUGGGUAUUACCUAUGAUUGUAUUUUUGUUUGGAAGUGGUCCGCCUGACAUAUCAUUAGGACUGGAGACUGAUUUAGGUGCAUGAUGUCUCCAUUUAAUUUUUAUUUCAACUGGUAGAUCCAUUCCAUGAACAAUGUUCAGAAAACAAUUAACAUUUUAAACUUGCAAUAAAAAAAUCUUUUUCUU